UAGAUAUAGUCCCUUAAUGUCAACCAAACGUUGAUUAGGGUGCUACUUCGGCACAAAAACUACCUUUGACAUCUAAUUCAUAUGAGGGAAAGCACCAAAGACCAAAGAGGACGUUGACAGCGUCUAUGGGAAAUAUUUCACUUGUUAUUUGUAGUAAGUGCUUCUUAUCUUCAUCCGCGUGGGCACUCCACAAAGAAAAAAGAUGUCUGCCUUGUAACAGGCGUGCGGAGAGAAGUUUUGGCAAAGAGAGAAGUUGUAUCGCAUCGGAAAAGUUGGUAAAAGUAUUUCGAGCAUUUACAGCUUGCCGGAAUGCACUCAACUGGCCGUCCCUAAACGGGAUUGGAGCCAAAAGACAGCAGAAAACAGAAGGAUAUUCCAAAUUUUUGUGGGGAUACAGCGGACAAGGCAGGGUUGACAACAACAAGAGUUGUGGGUCGUGUGUGCAAGUGUGGAGUGGUAGCACAGAAUGCAGUCAGACAAAGAACUCAGUGAUCUACUGGAUUUUAGCGCAAUGUUUUCUCCACCAGUUGGGCCAAAUGCAAUGAAGACCCCAGGCCAGGGGGGAAUGGAAAGUGGCAAUAUUUACCCACCAGGUUAUAAAGGUAUGGAUGAUACAGGAGGAGGGGGAGGUGUGAUCUAUAACAGUCAUCCAGGUCAGGGUUUUGAUACAAGGGGUUAUAACGGCCAGAGUUACAAUGGCCAUAUCAGUGACAUAUCACAUCCAUUUAUGAAUAACAGCGAAAUGCCAGGUUUAAUAAACAAGAAUGACCUGCCGUACAGAUACUCAAGGGAAGGUGGGAUGCCUGGAGGACAGAGCAUGUUAAACAACAGUGUUCCUAUGUCUCCUGCUUCCUCUCUGUCUCCAGUUGAUAAGCAGCCAGGGUCACCAUAUUAUCCAUACAGUAAAAGGCCAGAUGAACACAGACCAGGUGCUAGAGGAGGAAAAUUACCAACAGGACCAAACAAAAGGAAAAGUGGUGGGUACGAAGAAUUUGGUCAAGAUUCUCCAAGGUACACAUCACCCAAACCAGGGUUGUAUGGAGAACCACCAUUCUUUAUGGACGGUACACACAGUUCAACAGAUUGGCCUUCCGGUAGUUUAGCACCUUCAUCAUAUCCUUCUUCCAUGCUUCCAAGUACACCCCAUUAUUCACAACCAACAUCAUAUAGCAGUAUACAGCAUCCACAUGAAGCACUGGGCUACACAAUGUCCCCAGCUCAGCAUGGGGCCAUAAUGGCCCAAUCAGGGCUUCCACCACUGUCCACGUUCCGUGACGGCACAGUGCCUCCCUCCUCCUCAUACUCCAGUUCAUCGCCAAACAUGAACGGCUCAGACUUGCGCUCAGGCCAAGGAGCGGACAGAACGCCCGGGGAUGCACUGGGAAAAGCUCUUGCAUCUAUAUAUUCCACUGACCAUACAAAUAGUAGUUAUGGUUCAAACCCCUCCACACCAGUUUCCUCACCGCCCCCAAUGUCAGGCCCUAACAGUCAGUGGUCCCGAGCUCCCACACAAACCACUACCUCGCCCCAUUAUGAUGGUCCUUUAGUCUCACUGCAAAGGGGUAUGGAAGAGCGACUUGAUAGGCUAGAUGAUGCCAUACAUGUUUUACGCAAUCAUGCCGAGGGCCAGAUGCCAGGGAUGCCAGGAAUGCCAGGCAUGCCCGGCAUGAUGCACCCCCCACCACAUUCCAAUGGCAUGAUGGGAUCCUACCCAGGGAUGAAUGCAGCAGGACACAUGGACUCACACUUGAGCGGCAGUCACACCUCACUGCCAGAGGAAAGCAACAAAACAGGAACCUCCACGCAGAGGCAGGACUCCAUAGGUUCAGUUGACAAGACCACAGACGGCAAUAUAAAAGUAGAGAAGGUAGACAAGUCGGAGAGUAAAGAUGCCACCAGUGCCACCGCCAACACGUCAUCUACGUCCAGUACAUCCAACACAUCAAAAUCAACGUCAGGUGCACCACCUGCAAAAAGAUCACGAUCCAAUGCCAGUACAGAGGGUGGAGCUAGCUCGGAUGUGGAUGAGGAUCCGUUAACUAAAGUGGAACGAGAGCGUGUGCGGAAACAAACGAAUAAUGCGAGGGAAAGGAUUCGGGUCCGUGAUAUCAAUGAAGCUGUCAAAGAAUUGGGCCACAUGUGCUCAUUGCAUUUACAAAUGGACAAACCCCAGACUAAAUUAUCAAUUUUGCAACAAGCUGUAACUUUGAUAACUGCAUUAGAGAAGCAAGUGCAAGAACGUAAUUUAAACCCAAAAGCAGCUUGCUUAAAGAGAAGAGAAGAGGAGAAGGCGGAGGAGAUGCCAGGACGGGCGCCAGGUCUGGGCCAGGAUCAGCUAGGGCCCGGGCUGCCAGGUAAUGCGAUGAGACGCCGCAGAGCUGCUGGAGGCCUGUUGCCCAGUGAUUUGUCCUAUGCUCCAAAUGCACCUCCUUACAUGAGUUUUGUCAAUCCUCACAAUAACAACAUGUUGACUGGAGUGAGCCCACAUAAUAAUAACAACAACAACAUGUUGAGUGGGCUGAACCUGCACAAUACGGCCAUGUUGAGUGAGAUGAACUCUGGGGAGGGAUUAGAAAUGUCAGACAGUAGUUUAGGAUCACUCGGUUCCAGUGUGGGAACAGUAGAGACUAUGACCCUUCCGGUCAACAUGCCUACGUUCACGUCACAGGAAGAGAACAUGCCGCCUCCAGAACCCCCACUGUCGCAGCAGGAACAGGCCAUGGCGAGCCCAGUGCCCUCUAGUAGCCAAGAGUUAAUUUCAUUGCCUCCAACGACCUCGGCUGUGGAUUCAGUGCACUCCGUCAGCGUACUUUGAUUACAGCCUGUAGUCCGUGCUUGAGGUUUUCUUCAAGGGCAAUUUAUACACAAAAUCAGAACAGGCGAUGGUCCUGAAAGAGCAUCAGUAAGGCUAAGGGGCCUGCUAGACUAUAUUUAUUGUAUAUUUAGGAAGGCAGAACCAUAGUGCUCCAGCUGUGGGAUGUCACACCAAGUUGGAACGAUAGACAUCCUAUGUUAAUGUAAAUAGAGCAGUACUCCAGUAUGCUACUCCAUUAGUAUGUAAGAAAAAAAGUGAAGAUGUCCUUCAUUACUGUUUUGCAUAUAUCAUGAAAAACAGUUAAUUAAUUUUAUAAGAAAAUCUUGAUCAUACAGUUGUGUUAUGUAUGGUGUAUCUUUUUAAAAUAUGCAUUUAGUAGUGUUAGAUUGAAAUGCCUUACAUUCAUUAGUUUUAUUGGCAUUUGCCGAUGUUCAUACCCCCUUUCUUGUCAUCAUUAUAAUGAAUGCCUUUAGUGCCCUAAACAAUCAUGCAAUUUGAGCAUAAUGUAUAUGAGAGAUUUCACUGCAUGUUAUGUGGAGAGUGGCCUUGUUGAAAACAAUUCAUCAAUCCAUCAAUAUUGUUAACACCAUAUCUCAUCAAAGACCAAGAAAAUAAAAGUUUUGAUUUUUAGUCAUAAUUUUUAUGGAUCAUCUGAAAAAAAAAACAGCACUCAGUUGAUCCAUGUAAGUGGUUUAGAUUCCCUCUUUUUUAGUUGUAAGAGAGUUUAAGGAGUUAAACAUUUCCCUGUUGUGUUCAUUUUACCCCUCCUGGCCCAGGAUCCCCCCCCCCUUUUCUUCCCCAAGUUGUUCCUUAUCUUGAGAUUCAGCCUAAGAGUAUGGCAUUUUGAUGUCAAUAUUCUGGCAGGAAAAGACUAUAUAUAUUAACCUUGCUUCAAUCUGCAUGUUGUACAUUUUCUUUAGAAUUACCAUUUUAUAUGCUCUGCAAAGGGGAAUUAUUUGUGAGUGUAAAUGUUUUUAAAAAAAUAUCUUCCAUAUUGAAUUUUUCAUCUAUACACAUCUUAUCCCUUUUACCCAGUAUGGAUAUGUUGAUGAGUUUAUGAAGCACUCUUUUAUGUUGUUUGUGCAUUGAAAAAAGCUGCACAUAUCAUUUUAUUGAGAUACUGUGAAGCUGCAUAUAUAAAUAUAUAUAUAUUAAAAUAUUUAAAGUACUUUACUGAAAGUGACAAUGUACAGGCACCCUAGUAUAGCAUAGGUUUAGUCAGCAUUUGUAUCAUGAAAUGCUUAACUUCUGCUUUGUUACCAGGCACUGUAGACCUUCGACAGAAAUACUUAAGUCAUGCUGUUACUGUCACUCGGAUUAUGUUUAGCCCUAUGCACUCUAAAAUGUUUUUUCUACGACCUGUUUUACAGAAUAGCUAGUGAGAAUGUGACUUGUCAUCAAGGCCUUGUUGGUUUUCAUGUUGGGUUUAGCAGGAAAAGUUGGAAUGAACUUCUGUUAAUCAAAUCAAGUUGCAGAUAUAUGCAAUGAUGAAUUUGUAAAUUGAUAUAUGCAAAGCUAUUAUUGUUGUCGCCUGUAAAUGUUGCAUGUAGAGUAAUUUUCAACUAAAUUGUGAAGACAUAUUCUCAUCAAACUCCAUGUAUACAUUACACAGGAUCUACUGUUGUAGUUUCAUUUCAAGCAAUUGAGAUGCUGAAAUAAAAGUGGGUGUGAUGUACACCAAUAAUAUGUUGCAUUCGAUACUUCAGAAUUUACAAAAAAAUAAAGAACAGUAAAGAUUUGCACCUUACACCUACCAAAAGACAUCCAUAGUCUGUGAAAAUAGCUAUUGAAAAGCAUGUUUUUGCAGGGCUUUGUGUGUAUGAGAAUUUCAAUCUACAUUUAAGCACAAUUGACAAAUGAUAUUUCCAUACCAUUGUUAUUUGUAUUGUAUACUAAGAAAUGGGAAGAAAGCACUUUUUUUUCAAAAACAAAGAAUGUGUCAAGCAACAAAGUGACUUAUGAAUAUAAAAUUACAUUGUUCUUUGCAUUGAACAGACAUUAAAGUUUGAUAAGAUAAAAUUUUAAUUCAAGGUGCAAGAUACAAAUUGUUUUUUUUUUCUUUUGUGUUGAUGCACAUGUCUAGGGCAUAGUAGCUGUACAUGGAGUUUGUACUGAGAGGUUUCCCUGGUUCCCAACUUUUGCUGUUGUAUCCACACAGAGCUAGGGAACAGUGCCUUGGGUGCUUGUGAAUACUGCAAGGCUAUUUUCUUACUUUGUACACCUGAAAAUGGCUCUAUACAUACUACAACUCAAACCUACGAGUUCCUGUAUAUAUCAGCAUCUAGUAAAUAAAUGUGCCAUUUUGAAAGGAAAGGAUUGGUGUUUGAU